AUGAUCACAUCUCCAGAGUCAACCACAACAACAACAUCCUCAAGUGCAUCUUUUUUGUUCUCUCUCGCAUCAGUCAUGAAUGCGGAACAUGACAUUCACAGAUUCCAUGUCCAACAACAACUGCAACCUGGUGGAUAUCAAAGUAUCGAUGACUUUCUCUACCCCGUUCUACACCAAUCACAAUCUCAAGGUGGAAGCAGUUUCACCUUUGAUUUAUACAGCUCUCUAGUGGCUGGGUUUGAUGGUCCUUUCAUUCUCAUCUUUCUCUUGACAUUUCUUGUAUCAUUAGGAAGUUAUAUUUUCCAAUUCAAACAUCUCAAGAGAAAUCAUCACAUCUUGUUCUGGAUGAUGUUUGCUCUCUCUUUGUUUGCUUCUUUUCAAAAUUUGACACGUCUUGCCAGUGAAUUGGCUUUUCUGUAUCCAACUUCAGAUGGUGCCUUUCAAUUGAACAAUGUGAUUAAGGGCAUUGAUCGCAGCAUGUCCGCCGUUUUGUUGUACACUCAAAUUUUAAUUUUAGGAUUUAUUGCUUAUAUAUUUAUGAAAACUACACGAGCGACCGGAGAUAUUUCAGAGAAAACCUACAAGAUAUCCGUGGUAUCUCUUGUGAUUACUUUGGUGGUGUUCUUUAUCUUGUUCUUACUGGGACAUGUCAUGGUGAUUGUCAUUCUUCAUGUCAUGAGAGGGACCAAAACCAUUACUCCUCUCCAAACUCAACAAUUGACAAAUGCCAUCUUUACAUCUCCCAUGAUCUUUAUGAGUUUAGGUUUAGUCACCACAGCCAUUUUCUUGAAUGCCUUUGGAUUUCGUCUCUACAUUUCAUUAAGACAAAGAAAGAGAAAGAUUAAGGAAAUGCUGAAAAACACCAUGAACCUCACCAUUGAAAUGAACUCUCCAAGAUCGACCGAUGGAGAUCACCAUGUUGCAACCAUGAAUACAAGUACUACAGGUUCUCCAUCCACCUCAGCAGUGGUUACCUCAACAACUCCAGGUUCUCCAUCCACCUCAGCCUCUCCCUCUGUCGGAUUUACCAUUCCAAAAGCAUCCUCCAAACAUGAGAUUUAUGAAGAUAAGAAGAAUUCUUCCAAGCACAAGAGUACGAGAGAAUUUAGUGAGACCUAUCAUCUCAAGAAACAUGCACUUCGAAAAACACUUGGAUUGCAGAUUGGUCUCAGUAUUGCCUUUUUCAUUCAAUUGAUUGGAUUAGGAUUUUUACCAGGAGCUCUUGGAUGGCAAUUUUCUCUGCUCUUUUAUCACAACUUUUCGAAUUUUGCACAAUUAUCCUUUGUGAUUAUCUUGUUGAUUAUUUUCAAUCCUUUGAAGGAAGUUCAACGAUUGUUUGAGAAGGCUCCUAAUUUUCUUAACAAUGACAAGACUGUCAAAGCGCAAGGGGAAGAAAUUCAAAUUGAAAUUCAAAAAGUUGAUCCAUCGCCGGCGAAUGUCUUGAAAGACCUCACCAAUUCUCGCUAUGAGAAGCAGUCCGAUGAAUUGAGAAAGACUUUGAUUGCCGAAGGGGAAGCACAACAAAAGAUUAAUAACAAAAAGAAAUCAAAGAAGAAACAAAAGGCUCAUAAAACCCCUUCUGAACCAGCUAAUCAUUUCGCUCAAAAAACUGACGAUGAUGAUUCUGAACAAACGUCCAUCUCUAGCUCCAUCAAAAAUAGAGAACUAACAGAGGAAAGAUCUUGGAAAUCUAUUCAAGUCAUAGAAGAUAAGGACCAAGAUAACGGAAAGAACGAUCAAAAGGAAAGAAUGGAAGAAAAGGAAAUCAAAGAAGAUUCAGGAUCGAAAUCAAUUAAUACACAAAUAGCGUUGGAUAAUGUAUGUAAUGACUUAGGUGAGGAUUGA